CUUUAUCAGCUUGUAGUUUAUCAAGAGCUCCACAGUAUGGUCACAUUAAGGUUGAAACUCUUUGGGAUAUUGACGCAUCAACAUUAGGAUUUUCAUAUCGAAUUGCUAAAUUCUUUAAUUAUAAUAAUUUUUAA